AUGAAGGACAGCACGGCACUCUACAGAACGUUUUCCGGUCCUUCGGAACAGCUGCGUUUGGUUCAGAAUUCGAUUCUGCGUCGAUUGGAACAGAUUCAAACCACCGGAAAACGUUUCGUGAAAAAAAAAUGGCCGAUAUUGGGUCCAUUGUCGGUUGGUCUACGUGAUGAAAGAGAGCACGCCGCUCUCCAGAACGUUUUCCGGUCCCUCGGAACAGCUGCAUUUGAAUCGGAAUCCGAUUGUUCGUUGAGGGGAAAUUUCCGGAGCGCCGGAAAAAGUUUGCCUGGUGGAAAUAAACAGCUGAUGGGAUAUUCGGAUUGGGCCGAGCAUUCUUGUUGGAAAACGUUGUGUUUAUGGUUUGAACAGCGAAAACGACAACAAUUAAACGUUACAAUGAGUACAACCCAACCAGAAGUGUAUCCAAAUAAUAAAAAACCUAAUUCCAACUUCUAUUACAAAAUGUACGAAUAG